CCUCUCGUGCUCUAUAAUAAAUGAAGUCUCCUCGUUCCAUCCUCUCCCGUUGGCGUUCCAUCCGUCCGUCUGGGAAAAGCCUCUCCGCCCACCACCCGUUCGGCGGAACGCCCCCAAAGGAUUUUUCCUCUUAUCUCAACGCCGACAACCCCAUCUCCACCCUUCUCCUCGCGCUCCGCUGCGGCACACCUCUUCGACCCCAUGACUUCCCUCCCGUCCUGGCCGCGUGCUCCUCCUUCCACAACCUAGGACGUCAAGUCCACGCUCUCAUGCUCAAGACCGCCGUCCAUUCCCAACCCAUUCCCGCCACUGCCCUUCUUAGUAUGCACUCCGGAUGCGGCCGUGUCGACGACGCCCUUUUAGUCUUCGAUGAAAUGCCCGUGAGGGAUGCCGUUGCCUGGAACGCCCUCAUCUCCUGCCUUGUCCGCCACGGCAUCGCCUCCCAUGCAAUUGCGGCCUUCCACUCGAUGGUUGAUGACGGAAUCGCAUUCACCGGGCACACUUUGUGCUCUGUACUGAAAGCUUGUGCCUCCUUGCGUGCCCUUCGGCAGGGGAAGCAGAUCCAUGCUUGGGUAGUCAGCAAUGGUUAUAAUUCCGUGGUCAUGGGUACUGCACUGAUUGAUUUCUAUUCUAGUUUUGGGAUGAUCCAGGAUGCUAUGGAGGUCUUUACCAGAUUGAAUUGCCCGAGGGAUGUUGCGGUUUAUAAUGCUUUAGUUGGUGGGUGCAUCCAAAACCGGCAGUACAAAGAGGCAUUUACAGUGCUUAGAGAAGUGAGGCCAAAUGGUAUCACCCUUACCUCUGCUCUCUCUGCUUGCUCAGAGUUGCUGAAUUUGUCCUACGGGAAGCAAAUACACUGUGUGGUGAUACGCCGUGGCUUUGAUUCAGAUGUUAUCUUGUGUAAUGCCCUUAUGGACUUGUAUGCAAAGUGUGGAGAAAUAACAGCUGCUCGCUUGGUCUUUAAUUUGAUCGCCGAGAAGAAUGUGGUUUCUUGGACUUGUAUAAUUGAUGCCUAUGGGAGUUAUGGACAUGGGACUGAAGCUUUAAUGUUGUUCAGGAUGAUGGAAGAAGGAAAAUGUCAAGAAGUUACACCAAAUGCUGUGACUUUCCUUGCAAUACUUACAGCUUGUGCUCAUUCAGGUAUGGUGGACGAGGGACGGGACUGCUUCUUUUUGAUGAGAGAUAAGUAUGGCAUUGAUCCAGGUCCAGAGCAUUAUGCCUGUUUUAUUGACCUGCUGGGCCGGGCAGGGAGAAUAGAUGAAGCAUGGGAUCUUUAUUGUGGGCUAAGUGAAAAUGCUGGUAAGCUGACACCUGCAGUUUGUGUAGCUAUGCUGAAUGCUUGCCGAACUAGUACGGAUUUGGUGAAAGGGGAUCACGUCGCAAAGCAUCUUCUGCAUCUGGACCGUGAUAACCCUGGAAGUUAUGUCUUGGUUUCAAACUUUUAUGCGGCUGUUGGAAGGUGGGAAGGGGCAGAGGACUUGAGAAAGCAGAUGACGGGCAGAGGGCUGAAAAAGGAGGUAGGUAGCAGCCAGAUUGCCGUCAAAGGUUGCAACUGAGAUACCGUGUUCGACUGGCUAGUUUCUAAGUUUAAAGAGAAUCUCACAAAUUCGAAAGGGAAGAAUUUCUCUUCACAACAUCAGAACAUUUCAGAAGCUGCAAAAUAUGGUUGUUAGCAUUCAGGUAAUACCUCUGGACGGGUGCAGGUGGCAGUUGUUAAUGUCAGGACAUCAGAAUUGAAUGGGAACUUCGAAGCAACACAUACGUUUGAUGGAGAUGGACAUGUGACUCUCUUUGGUCUACCAAGAUGUUUAAUGAAAUUGCCAGGGGAGUUGUCUUAAUAAAAUGGCAAGUCGAGAACUCAAGAUUGCCACGCUGAUCCAGGCCCUCGGACACUGAAUUACUUAACCGGCCCAUCCAGAAGCUUACUUUAUCUUAAAUGAAUGAAUAUAUCAGAAAAAAGAAUUGCCUUGUGCUGUGAUGGUGGAUAAAUGGUGAAUGGUUUUUCCUCGUGAUGAAAGUCAGCUUGAUAUUGAUUCAGACAAUCCAUGCCUGAUGAAAGUUAACCUGAUUUUGAUUCCGACAGUCUACAUUUCCUUGAAGAAUGAAGAAGAGAUCCAGGAUGUAUUUAUGUGUGAUACUGCUCUCUAGCAUAGGCAAUGAUAAAAGAGAAAUUUGUCGUUGAAUUUAUUUAAAUGAUGGUUGACCAUAUGUGAAAUUUCGGCCGAUUGUCUUUACCUUUUUGUGAAGGGCAAGUUUUCUGUAUUGGGAUGGCAUUCUUUUGUAGUUUUUCAAUUGUAUGAUUUCUUCCAAAGAUGGCAAAUUUUUCAUUUUGUUAGAGAUUGGCUUCUCCAUGGUCUGACUCACAGCGACAAAUUAUGUGAUAUUGCAGGCAUCUGAAAAAUCGAAACUUAAAUCCUUUUGGAAUCUGCAGAGACUCCGUGAUUCUGUAUGUGGCAUUUAAGAUGACAUUUUGACUCCCAAUUGGAUGAGUUCACUGGAAUUGUAAAGAAUCAUGCUCCAGUUGGCAGGAUUAAAGCUGCAGUGCUGCCACAUUUGCAGGUAUUAUUGGAUCAAAGUUCAAAGCCCUGUUCGACACCUUGGACUGGUCCGUCUUGGGACAAGCCUUGAUUCUUGGAGUUGAAGGUGAAGCAGGUUGGACGAGGAAGUUGACUGUUGAUGCAUAUGAUUCAGUGUAAAAGUGUACCAAUGAUGUUUUUAACCUUAAGCAACCCCAUGCUGUUAUUCGCUGGCUAUUUAUAAUGCACUGGAGCUUCUUAAUGACUCAUGAUAAUAUUUUUAUAUGAAAGCAAGACAAAGUUUCUCAUUUGCAAUCCAAAGUAUUUGCUGGCUA